UCAAGAUGAGACAGAUCGGUUCAUUGUAGACAAUUGCAAGAGCAUAUACUUUGCUGGGUACGAGACUACUGCUGUCUCCGCAACGUGGACAUUAAUGUUGUUGGCCUCAAAUCCAGAGUGGCAAGCCAGAGUUCGUGCCGAGGUGCUCCAAGUUUGCGGUGGUCAAAUGCCUGAUGCUCAUAUGGUUCGCAAGAUGAAAGUAUUGACAAUGGUAAUUCAUGAAUCAUUGCGACUUUAUCCUCCGGUCUCGGCGGUGUCCAAAGAGGCAUUGAAAGACUUAAAAUUCGGAGAUAUUCACGUGCCUAAUGGUUUCACUGUCUGGACCUUGUUGGUAACCUUACACCAAGACCCUGAUAUUUGGGGACCAGAUGCCGAGGAAUUUAACCCUGAGAGGUUUGCUAAUGGAGUCAGUGGUGCGUGCAAGUUCCCUCAUGUCUACAUGCCUUUUGGAGUUGGGCCGCGUAUGUGUUUGGGGCAAAACCUUGCCAUGGCAGAGCUCAAAAUUAUUUUAGCUCUAAUUGUGUCCAAUUUCUCAUUCUCCUUGUCACCCAAAUACAGGCACUUCCCGACAAUGACUUUGGUUAUAACGCCUGAACAUGGUGUCAAUCUCCUUAUUAAGAGAUUGUGACAUAUUGGAGUAUAUGUUUAUAUCUCCAUUCUAGUUUAUAUUUCUGCACGUUUAAUUUUCUUUUUCGAGUCCAAGUUGUCAACGAAUUGGUGUAGAAGAUUUGGGUAAUUCAAUUGAAGAAGAAGUCCAUUCAGCAUGGAAGAAUCCAAUUCAAUUCCCAAAGGAGUCAGCCAAGUGCAGUUUCUAUCCCUCUCUGUGAAUCAGGGUGCUUAUAGGAUUACGCAAUGUGCAUCCAACUGCUACGUGUCAUAGUUGUUUUAGUCUACAUUUAUCUUAAAUAAGUAGACAAAUUAUAUAAAGUCAUGUGCUCUUUUUAUCAA